CGUGCGUGGGCUCCGGCGGACGGGCGCGGCGGUCGAGGCGAGGCGGCGGCGCGGGUGGACAGCGCGGAACCCAGCAAGUUCCUCGCAGGCGAUGUCGCCGGGCGCGGGCCCCUGCGUACGCCGGGCGCCGUGACAGGCCGGCCGAGGAGGCGCGGACGGGGGAGGCCGCGACGGAGCUCCCGGACUGGCCAUGGGCUGAGACGCAUCCUCGCAGAGCAGCCUGUAGUGAAAGUGACCCUUCCAUACUCCACCAGAACAUGCCGGGGUGACUCCGUCCCAGAUCGUCCAGUGGCCUUCCUCACCCUCCCCAGUGACACUAUGCAACCCCAGCGUGACCUGCGAGGCCUCUGGCUCCUGCUGCUCUCCUUGUUCCUGCUCCUCUUUGAGGUGGCCAGGGCUGGCCGAUCCGUGGUUAGCUGUCCCGCCAACUGCCUGUGUGCCAGCAACAUCCUCAGCUGCUCCAAGCAGCAGCUGCCCAGUGUGCCCCAAUCUUUGCCCAGCUACACAGCACUUCUGGACCUCAGCCAUAACAACUUGAGCCGGCUACGGGCCGAGUGGACCCCCACCCGUCUGGUCAACCUCCACUCCCUGCUGCUGAGCCACAACCACCUGAACUUCAUCUCCUCCGAGGCCUUCGUCCCAGUACCCAACCUGCGGUACCUGGACCUCUCCUCCAACCAUCUUCACACACUGGAUGAGUUCCUGUUCAGCGAUCUUCGCGCCCUGGAAGUGCUGUUGCUCUACAAUAACCGCAUUGUGGUGGUGGACCGGUAUGCCUUCGAGGACAUGGCCCAGCUGCAGAAACUCUACUUGAGCCAGAAUCAGAUCUCUCGCUUCCCCCUGGAACUGAUCAAGGAUGGAAACAAAUUACCCAAACUAAUGCUCUUGGAUCUGUCUUCCAACAAGCUGAAGAAGUUGCCGCUCACUGACCUACAGAAAUUGCCGGCGUGGGUCAAGAAUGGGCUGUACCUGCACAACAACCCGCUGGAAUGUGACUGCAAGCUCUACCAGCUCUUUUCACACUGGCAGUACCGGCAGCUGAGUUCCGUGAUGGACUUCCAAGAGGAUCUGUACUGCAUGCAUUCCAAGAAGCUGCACAAUGUCUUCAACCUGGAUUUCUUCAAUUGCAGCGAGUACAAGGAAAGUGCCUGGGAGGCUCACCUGGGGGAUACCUUGACCAUCACAUGUGAUACCAAACAGCAAGGGAUGACCAAAGUGUGGCUGACACCAAGCAACGAACAGGUGCUAAACCAGGGGGCCAAUGGCACAGUGACUGUGUCUGAGGAUGGCAGCCUUCGUUUUGAAAAGGUGCAGGUUGAGGAUGGGGGUGUGUACACCUGCUAUGCCAUGGGGGAGACUUUCAAUGAGACGCUGUCUGUGGAGUUGAAAGUGUACAACUUCACCUUGCACGGACACCAUGACACCCUCAACACAGCCUAUACCACCCUGGUGGGCUGUAUCCUCAGCGUGGUUCUGGUCCUCAUAUACUUGUACCUCACCCCUUGUCGCUGUUGGUGCCGGGGUGUGGAGAAGCCUUCCAGCCAUCAAGGGGAUAGCCUGAGUUCUUCUAUGCUCAGUACCACACCCAACCACGAUCCUAUGGCUGGUGGGGACAAAGAUGAUGGUUUUGACCGGCGGGUGGCCUUCCUGGAACCUGCUGGACCCGGGCAGGGUCAAAAUGGCAAACUCAAACCAGGCAACACUCUGCCGGUGCCCGAGGCAACAGGCAAGGGUCAACGGAGGAUGUCAGAUCCUGAGUCGGUCAGCUCGGUCUUCUCUGAUACGCCCAUUGUGGUGUGAGCAGGAUAGGUUGGUGGGGAGGUUCUGCCCCAGGAGAGGUAGUGUACCCCUGAGGGAUAGGAGGGGAUGGAGGAGAGGGCUGGCUGCCCAAGGGAGCGGGUUCUUCCUGACCACCAUGGGCACAAGAGCAGGCACGACCCCAGUGACAGUGCGGAUGCUGCAAGUUUCACAUGCGGAUAUAUUAAUCCUCAGGCAGACACCACACCCCUACCCAAAGCCUUGGCUAUUCUCAGGGUGGUAGAGGAGGAGGGAUGUGUCUGGGUUGGAUGGGAAUGAGGAAAGGGGUGAGGGGAAGAACAGAUUCCCAAAACUUUUUUGAGGUCAUCCCUAGCUCCUUAAGAGAAAACCAUUUGAAAAACAAAUUUUUUCUGUCUCUGCCCACCCACACCUGUGAAGUUGUGUGUGCUGGGGGAGCCUCCACAGGAGCCAUGCUGGGACACUGCAGUAUCUUCUCUGGUCAGGAAGUCCCAUCCAGAGCUAGGGGAUUGGAAACCUUUGGAAAAUGAGUCAGGGAAAGAUGGAGGCCUGGAUCUAUAGCGCUGCCUAAAGCUACUGUGAGACUUCUCCCCCGGAGUCCGGAGUAGGUGGAUUUUUGCAGGAGUCUGGCUUCUUGCCUGUUAGUUAUGGCAGCGAUAUAGGAUGUGGUGUCUGUGCCUUGUCCUGGGGCAAGUAGCACAGCUACAGAAUGAAUUAAGAGGUCUCUGUCUUAGCGUAAAAUUUGUAGAUAGGAUGUAAAUUCCAGGUAGGCUAAUUCCCUGGCUGGGGGAAAGCUUUGAUUAGUUUUUGACUCCCAGUGUAUGUCUGUGGGGGAUGCUAAAGGCGGAGCGUUAUGGAUGACUGCCACCAAUGUGGUACAAGGGCCACUCUCCCUGAAAGCAUGAGGAAAACCAGCCUCUUUGAUGUAGCAGCCAGCCAGACCUACCUGAUUUUCUGUGUGUGCCCUCUCUUCAGUAAGCCUUCUAAUCCACUCAGGUGGGCUUCUGAGCCUGCCAUAUUAUGCUGCUCUGCAAAGGGAGGAGUCCAGUAAAGUCCAGGCCUGCUCAGCUAGACUAGGUCUGGAGAUAGACAGGACCCAACAUUUAUCUUCUCUCUGCUGACAAGCCUGCCUCACUCUUGCUGCACAGCCUAAGUGUGGGAUUUUGUUAUCCGAAGGGUUGGAACCUAGUGGUCUCUAUCCUAGAGUAGUGCUACACAGUGUGACUUAGGGUUCUGUCCUCCCCACCAGGCUCUAAAGCAGUCUUGCAACAGAGGUAUAAGGGGCAGUACACUUUGAAAAGGAAGUUCCUCUCAGUUGGAGGUCAGUGCAGUUGUAGCUGUCAGAGCAGAGAGACUUAAAAACAAAGCCAGCCUUAGCUUCCAUCCAGGUUUGCAAAAUGCAUUGGGUACAGAGAUGACUGCGCCCAGCGCCCUUUGACCAUAUUGCAGGUUCGGGGGCUUUGGAAGGGGGUGAGCAGGGCAAUGGUGAAAGUGUUCCCCAGCGUUGGUCUUUUUCAGUGUCUUUUCUUUCCCUUGUUUUCUGUAGUUGGAAGUUGUCCAGGUCCUCCAGUUUCCUGACCUGCUUUUUAAGUUCUAAGAGGUGUUGUUUACCUUUGGUGAGGGCUGCUUAGUACUAGGAGGGCCUGUCAGGCUGCCUUUAAGGACUGGGGAAGAGAAACUGAAGUAAACAUUGUCCUCUCUCUGUUCCUGGGAUCUCAAGGCUGCUGUCCAUCCUUUAUUAGUAACCUAGUUCUGUCAAGAGAGAGGUGCAGCGAUUCCCCUUAUGUAGUUGCAUGCUCGUAGGAAUGCAUGCUUGUAGGUAUGCAUGCACAGCACACCAGCACCUUGACCUCCACCAGGACAGUGAAUCUGUGGCCCCCUCUAGAAUGGCCUCCACCCACGUGCACAACUUCUCACAAUCUUCUCGCACUGUAGGAGAGACAGUGACCAUGCCAGGCUCCUCAAAUGCACAAUCUCUUGUACUUUAAUUUCUGAACACCCCAAACUUUACCCAUAUCUUCAUGGUUCUGAAUAACUUCUCUGUAGAGGCCAGAGUUAGGGGGAGCACAUGUUGAAGCCUUUGGGAGAAGGGGUGGUGAGGCACUAGUGGGCUCAUAAGACUCCUCGGAAACCCUACACGUGUAUAAGAUAGGAAGCUAGAGCAGUGAAGGGCCCCAAAGGAUGCUGGUCAUGGCUAAGCAGCUGUUAUUCUUCCUGUGUUACUUGAUAGACGGGGCUUGGAGAGGAACGCUGUCUGGUUGUAUUCCAAAGACUUCUGGGGACUUUGUCACCAGAGGUUUGAGAGCCAGACCUCUGUCCUCAGACUCAUCAGGAAAUGGAAAAAUCUCUUCUGUGGAAGAUUCCUCUCUUGACACCAUCUAGGGCUGUGAAACUCUUUAAAAUGGAGGCUGGAUGAAGUUUGCCUUUGGGGGCAUUCUAGCUGAGCUCCUGGGGACCAGGAGGGUCAUUUUCUUUGUAAGUCCUACCCUGUAGCCCCAACUCACCCCACUACAUCCACUAACUUGGGCCCAAGUUUGAGACACUUGGAGGAUAUGUCUGGACACCACUAGGACAUUUAACUGACUGGUCUCUUGUGGUUUCAGUUCUUGUAACCCAAUGGUAUUUCCCUGCUUGUAUGUGGAAGGGCGUAUGUGUAUUUGUAUCCCACAUGUAUGACCCAUUAGACCUUGGAAAGAAAGCUGCCAGGUGUCGGUAUAAGAAAGGUUGACCUUCACCCCACCUGCACCCAUAAACUGUGUCUCCAAGGAAGGAGAAGCAGGUGUCUCUGGAGGCAGGAUGUGACAGGACUCUACAGUCUGUGUAAUUAUCUGUGAUCCUUUUCUUUGCUGUACCCAUGAGGCCCCUGAAAGAGGCCAGGAAAGGGUAGACCCGUCUGGGGAGAAGAAAGCCAGCUUUCUGGUUGUGUGUGUGUUCUUGCCUCUGUAAUUCCCUUUUCCUGUGUCUAGGACUCUUCCUCCCACUAUGUGUACCAGGCUGGUGACCCUCAGAGCCAAUGGGCUCUAUCACUAGACAAUGACCAUUAAACCUGGCUUGAGUCUCUGCUCUGGCA